GUUCGUUAUGGCGGAUACUUCAAACAGAAAACAAGAAAAAACAUAAUUUGAGGAAGCUCGGAAGACAUUUUACCAGUGCAGGUCUUGCAGGCUUGUGCUAAUUUCGACCACUGUAUUUAACUGAAGCACACACUGACACUGACAAUGAGCCGUAAAAAGAAAGGAGCCUAUAGUCGGGACUUUGAUGACCAGUUUGAAGCUUUUCUGAAAGAGUCGCUGUCAUCAGAAGACUCCAUCAACUCUGCCCACAUCAACAAGUAUUUGGCACCACCAAAGAAGGAAGCCAGGCCCUGGUGGGAUGUAGAGGACGAGGACAACAACACUUCCAAAAGUAAAAGCUUCCUGAAGAAGUCUACGGACAAGAAGAAGGGCUCAGAUGCUAAGGCCUCCCCAAAACUGAAGCCUAGGAAAGAUAUAAAGUCGAAAGUAAAGCCUGAGAUAUCACUAAGCAAGGACUCCUUAGAUGACAUCUCAGAGAAGUCGGAAGAAGAUCACCAUCACCAUAAUAACCAUGGGCAGGGAGACAGGCCUCGCGUUCAUCUACCUGCAGACAGCAUGGACAGUUUCAACACAGAAGAUUUACUUGAGGAGAAAGGCCACCAAGGAAAGUUGGGGAUGGACACACUCGAUGAACUGGCUGACAAGGAAAAGUUUUUCAGGGAUUUAGAGAAUAAUGCUGACGGGACUGUGGACUAUGGGCGACUGAACCAGGAGCUGAGUGCCACGGCCCAGACGCUGUCUCCUGAGGGAGCAGCACGCAACGCAGCUACACUCGCAGCACUGAAGGAUAUAGAGGACGAGGAGGAGGAGACAGAGCGACCGCACACACAGCUACAGUCAGAGAAGGAGCACUCUGAACAAAAGCCCAGUAUGCUGUCUAAAGUUUCACUGAUGGACUCGCUGGAGUCUACAAUGAACACAACAACGUCACCCAAGGUGGGCCGCAGCACGCUCCGUGAGGCCACAUUGGAUGAGACAGACAGCCAGGGGUCUCGGUUCCCAGCGUAUAACAGUGGGCCUGAUACACUCAAAGUAGACACUGGUCUUAUAGGUACCAACACAAGCCAGGAGAUCGAGGAUUUCCGAAAGGCUCUAGAGCGUGUGGGGGCAUCGGCCACCCUCGGCAACGACAGCCAGCUUGAGCUCUCCUUUCACAGUGGGGGUAAGGGAACUGAGGACCUGGUGAAAAAACUUCUCAAGUCUAACUCAGCAAAACAACGUAACCUGACUGAGAUCAUGAAGGAACUAGAAGAUUUCGAGAGUAAAUCAGGAGCGGACCGCAGUCUCAGCCCCAAGUCUCCCAGGGGAAGUUUGGAGCGUCAAAGGAAUGUUGCUAUGGAGAUAGAAGAAGCACGUGGGUUUAACCUGUCACCUGCCAACCCUGCCCACGACAUCGACUACUCCAACAACAACAGGGGGGAAAACUCACAGAGAGGAGGAGAGAAUUCAUACAGUUCACAACGUGGCGACAGUUCGUACCGGGGGGGAUUUGACACGUCCCACACAGAGGAUACUGAGAUGUACCAACCUGUUAUUGAAGUGUCGGAAGACCCAGCUUUUCAAGCGAGACAUAGUGUGACAGAGAGGGGCAGGGGUAAGAAGAAGGUGGGGAAGGAUGAGAAAAAGAGGUCCGGCAAGGGUAAAUCACCAAAAGAUGGUAGAAAGAAGGGCCUUGGAUCUACACUUGACAGAUCCCGGUCCUCAUCUCCCAUGAAAAUUGACUAUUCUGAAACACUGAAGUGGAAGCACAAGGCCGUGAAGAGUUCAGGAUACGGUCAGCCAUUCAGCCCCCCAAAACCUCCACGGGACAAAAAUAGGGACCGUGAGAAGGAACUGCUUGGGUACUCCAGGUCACAUGGCACUCAGGAAGGAUAUAAGGACACUAGUGCCUCCCCAGCCCAGUCCCCAGCCAAGGUCGGCAGGGCUGGCCCUUCCGAUGUGGAGGGGAAAAAGACCAAGAAGGGGCUGUCUCAAAAGCUAUGGAGCCCUGCAGAAAUAGCCAAGAACAAAAUCAUUGGGAGCCAGUCAUCACGGCAGGUGAAGCUGGGGACCAUGGCAGCAACUCAGCUGGAUGCAUCUGUUGAGUCCUUUGCCAAGUAUAUCAAAGACCAUUUUGCUGGCAUGCCGGCACCACAGGUGAAGUAUUCAGAGGAUGAGCCCUCAGUGUCAGCCAGUUUUAAGGAGAAGGAACAGCCAGAGGAAGAUAAGGACCAGGUUAUAGCCAGCCUUAAAGGCGAGUUGGAAUCCCAGGCACGGAGCUAUGAGCGGCAGCUGGAGGGACAGAAACUGGAGUAUGAACAGCAGUUGGCUGAACUCAGACAAGAGAACUUUGUGCUCAAGGCCAAGAUAUCUGGUGAGGGUGAUGGUGUGGUUAAGAGACGAGUGCUGGCAGGGGAACCCUUGGAGGGUCUCGAUAAGGACCAGCUUGAGGGACUACAGAAGGAAGUCAAGGAGCAAGAAACACUCAUAGCUGGGUACCAGCAGGAGAACAAGCGUCUGUACAAUGAGAUGAAGAAUCUCCGUCAGCAGAGCAAGCAGCUGGAGGACCAGAUGUUCCAGGAGAAUCAGAAACUCCUCACAGAAGCAGCUAACCUCAGAAAAAUAAAAAUUGAUAAAGAGAGGCUGACCCAGCUUGAAAAGAAGGAGGCUGAGUACCAGAACAAGGGGCUGAUAACGGGGCCAGCUGCACAGCAGAGGCUCGCUGCAGGGAAUACAGGCGAGGCCGUAGCACACCUGGAGGGAGAGCUUGGACAGGCUAGGCAAACAUGUGACGCCUUGUCACGGGAGAUGGGCGUCCUGCAGCACUCGCGCACUGAGCUUGAGAAACAUGUUGAAAAACUUGUGUUGGAGAGAGAACAGCUGCAGAAAACAAUAGAACAGAACAAGACCCUCAAGUCUGAGGAGGCCAUGGCACUGGAGCGGCAGUACCAGGGUGAGGUGGAGAAGUUGAAGGGGAAAUUGAAGUGGUAUGCAGAGAACCAGGAGUUACUAGACAAGGGGGCCCGCAAGGUCAAGGCCCGCGAGGACGAGAUACACAGACUCAAGAUGAGGUUGGAAGAACUACAAACUGAGUCUGGUAAGCGUGUGGAGGAUAGCAAGGUGCGGGCGCGGGAGAGAGCAGGAGACACCAAGAAAAUACAGGACCUUCAGAGACAGGUGAAGGAGAUGGAGGCAAUCCUGAAGCGUCGCAAUCCAAACUCCCUCCAAUCACUUAUGAUGACUGCGGCAGCUGCAGGCGACACCAACAACCAGGCCAACCAGCGGACAGCAUACACAGAGGUACUGGAGAGCAGGGUUAGCAAGCUAGAAAAGGAGUUGGAGGGCAAAGACACAGAGACAAACACCUUGCUCCGUGGAGUGGAACAGAAGUACCAUAGUGUCAAGGUGCAGUAUGAGGAGCGUAUCAAGGAGCUUGAGAUUCAGCUAUCCAUCUACCAGGGCCAAGCCGACCAUGUUCACCCGCACACCCACUCUGUGGCUCUGGAGCGUGAGCUGGAGAGCGUGCGGGAAAGAUACAAGCAGCAGAUCCGCGACCUUCAGACUGAGGUUGACAGGCUCAUUGCAGAGGCAUCUAAGGCCAAGAAAUCUGAUGCUAAAGCAGAGUCUCAGACAAAGGAGACGGAGGCAGAGUUGCGUGCCCUUGUUAAGACUCUCCAGUUGGAGGUGGAGGGUAAGGACCAUGACAUUCAGGUCCUUCAGAAAUCUCUAGAUCGCCUACGCAAGGACAGACAACUCGCGAUCACUGGCGAUAAUGGCAAGCGCGGGAAGCUGGGUGCCAGGGGAGGUAACAAGGGAGAUGAUGCAGCUGAGUUUACGUCCCUUCCCUCGGCGUCUGAACUACAGGGGAAGACAUAUGACGCCAAGGUCUUCCAGGACACACACAUAUCUGAGGUCAUCCAGGAAAAUGAUAACCUCAAAAUGAAGGUGGAGCGGGUACAGUUGGAAGUUAGUCAGUGUCGGGUGGACAUCCAGCGUGCUGUGGCAGAGGGGGAGGCUGCACUCCGCCGUACACAGGAGGCAUACGAGGAACGUCUUGAACAGCAGCGAGACUCCCACCAACAGGAAGUGAAGCGUCUCCUUGCCCAGAACGCCCUGGAACACUCAACGUCAAGGAUGGCGGAAUUGCAGAGCAAGGUUGAUACUCAGGAGGUGAUGAUCAAACACCUGAGAGAGCAGCAAGCUCGACUCGAGGUUGAGGCAGAGGCAGCGUCUAUGUUGCGCAUCAAACAGACACGUCUUGAGGAAACACUCAAAUCAUUACACAGGGACCUCAAAGAGGCAAAGAAAUCUCACACUCCGGAAAUGCGGCAUUUUGAGUCUUUACAAGAGAAAAUAGUGCAGAUAGAAACUAAGCAUGCACAACGUGAGAAAGAGCUGCAGGACAUUAUACUCAACUCUCGACAGGCAGCGUCUAUAGAAACUGAACGUGAGGUGGACAAAUGGCGGGACAUCGUGGAGACAAAGAACAACGAGAUACAGCGGUUUCGCGUGGAACUGGAUUCUAUCCUUGAAGUUUUACGGGUCCUACAAAAACAGGGUGUUGUCAUUCCCGUCACAUCCACGGCCGUCUCAUAGCAGUGUGGCAUUAUAUAUAUAGAUGGUUAAUUUAUUAACAGCAUAUUGUGAUAUUAUUGGACGCUUCAAUCGAAUAUGAAAGUACAUGUCAUGCAAGAGGUUGUUGGGUUUAAGGAUUUCCCUAGAAACGUUUAAGUCUCGAUGUAAGGUGGACUGAUGUAUACUGUAAGUCUCGAUGUAAGGUGGACUGAUGUAUACUGGUUGCCAAAUUGUGAUUGUUCCUGGUAGCAUUUUUGUACACAAUUCUGCUUUAUUUACACGCAGGACAUUAGGAAUGUGAUGAGUAGAAUCCCGAGGAUAGAACAGGAACACAGGAGUAUUGCGGAUAAUCAGAGUUCCUAAUGAAACUUUCAAAUGACGUGCAUAGAUAGUAUAACUAUGGUAUUUAAGUUACCUACAUAAUUAUGUCUCCCCCUCUCUGGGGGAGACAUAUUGUUUUUGCCCUGUCCGUCAGUCCGGUAGUCCGUCAGUCCGUACGUCACACUUCGUUUCCGAUCGAUAACUGGAAAACCGCAUGACCUAGGAUCACCAAACUUGGUAGGGAGGUUGGUCGUGAUGUGUAGAGGAUCCCUAUUGUUUUUGGGGUCACUAGGUCAAAGGUCAAGGUCGCGGCGACCCCCAAUAUAAAAACAUUUCUGCUCAAAAUCUUGAGAACGGUUUGACCUAGGUUCACCAAACUUGGUAGGGAGGUUGGUCAUGAGGUGUAGAAGAUCCCUAUUGUUUUUGGGGUCACUAGGUCAAAGGUCAAGGUCGCGGCGACCCCCAAUGUAAAAAACAUUUCCGCUCAAUAUCUUGAGAACGGUUUGACCUAGGUUCACCAAACUUGGUGGUAGGGAGGUUGGUCAUGAGGUGUAGAAGAUCCCUAUUGUUUUUGGGGUCACUAGGUCAAAGGUCAAGGUCGCGGCGACCCCCAAUGUAAAAAACAUUUCCGCUCAAUAUCUUGAGAAUGGUUUGACCUCGGUUCACCAAACUUGGUAGGGAGGUUGAUCAUGAGGUUUAGAAAACUCCUAUAUUUUGGGGGGUCACAAGGUCAAAGGUCAACGUCGCUGUGACCUCUAAUGUAAAAAAAUAUUUCCGUGCAAUAUCAGGAGAAUGCUUUGUUCGUUUCCGAUCGAUAACUGGAAAACCGCAUGACCUAGGAUCACCAAACUUGAUAGGGAGGUUGGUCGUGAGGUGUAGAGGAUCCCUAUUGUUUUUUGGGUCACUAGGUCAAAGGUCAAGGUCGCGGCGACCCCCAAUAUAAAAAACAUUUCUGCUCAAAAUCUUGAGAACGGUUUGACCUAGGUUCACCAAACUUGGUAGGGAGGUUGGUCAUGAGGUGUAGAGGAUCCCUAUUGUUUUUGGGGUCACUAGGUCAAAGGUCAAGGUCGCGGCGACCACCAAUAUAAAAAACAUUUCUGCUCAAAAUCUUGAGAACGGUUUGACCUAGGUUCACCAAACUUGGUAGGGAGGUUGGUCAUGAGGUGUAGAAGAUCCCUAUUGUUUUUGGGGUCACUAGGUCAAAGGUCAAGGUCGCGGCGACCCCCAAUGUAAAAAACAUUUCCGCUCAAUAUCUUGAGAAUGGUUUGACCUAGGUUCACCAAACUUGGUAGGGAGGAAGUACAAAUUUCAUGUCCAUCAUUGAUUAUUUCUCACCUACGACCACACAAUGGGGGAGACAUGCGCUUUUUCAAAAAAGCAGUCUCUAGUUAAUUAUAGAUGUACGUACAUGUUUCGAGUAUUAGUUACACGGUUUUCUUGUACAUGGAACAUGUUGGUACCAAGUUUUCUUGUAUUUUUUUAUAUGUAGUUUCCCUGUUGAACUCUGCUUUAGGUUUGAAAUGUUAUACACAUACAAUAAUUGUGCUAUGCUCCAUAUACAUGCUUUCAUUUACAAACAAUAGAAAAAGCUCAUGUACCCCACAUUUAUGUUUAUUUAUAUAUUGUAGGAAUGUUUAUUUAAUGCCUAGAAAAUAAAAAAUGCUAAAAC